AUACAAAUGUGAGCUUGAGAGAAGCCAGCAAACAUUGAUCGCAGGAGACUUAGCAUUCAGCGGCACUCCACAGAAAAGUUUUACUGCUCCUUUAACACCAGUUCAAAGUCAUAAUGAUGCUAAGUUUGAAGAAUUAGAAGAAAAAUACAAGAAGAUACAAGAAAGAAAAAAGCUGGAAUUAGAACUGAGAACCAUCCAGGUUAAGAAAAUAAAUCAGCCUCAGCCUCAAAGCUCUUUGAGUCACAGGGAGAUCGCUCGGCAUCAGGCCUCCUCAUCUGUGUUUUCAUGGCAACAAGAAAAAACACCAUCUAGAAAUCAAGAAACACCUGCAAGGGGAAGUUCUGCAACAUCCUCUUUUCCAUGGGAAAAAGAAGCCAAUUCUAGUGUAAUAUCAGAAAAGAACGAGUUUGACAACAGCUUUGCUGAGAAUUGUGGUUCUUCACUCAUGAUCCAGCUAAGAGCACAGAACCAAGAGUUAAAUUCCACUGUUAAAGACCUAGAACAACAACUGCAAACUCAAGAAAAAGAGAAGAAAUCCCAUAUGAAUAAACAUCAAGAGACUGAACUGCAACUGGAGAGAAUGAAGUUGGAAUUAACACAGAAGGAUAAAGUUCUGAACAAAACCAGAGAUAAACUGACUCAAAUAAGAAUGCAACUUGAUCAAGCUACCACACAGGAACUGUCUUGUCAGCAACGUUCCCUACAAACACUGGAUCAGACGUGCAACCAGAUACGAAACAAACUGAAUCAGGAGCUACAGCAAGCCAAAAAUGACUUCAAUGCUCUGCAGGCAGAAUUUGACAAAGUAAUGUCAGUGAAACAACACUUGGAAUGUGAUACCAGUGAUCUCACCCAGAAGCUGUGCAGAGCAGAGCAGGCUUUACUAGCAGCUCAGGCUACAGAAACUGAUUUGAUAAGAAGGUUGGAGGAAGUGAAGCAGGAGAAAAACCUUUGUGACUGUCAACUUGAAAAAAUGCAAGAGAUCCACCAACUUGAAGAAGAACUAAAUAUGAUCAAGCAGUCUCUAAAGCAGAGCCAGAAUUUUGCAGAAGAGAUGAAAAAUAAAAAUACUUGUCAGGAAGCACAGCUGAAGUUACUGGAAGAGAAAUGUAAAAAGCAAGAGAGCUCCCUUUCACUGGAGAGGCUGAAAAUAGCUUUAGCUGACAUGGAGAAGAAACAAGAUUCUACCCAAGACCUGCUCAAGGAAAAAGAAAAUCAUAUUAAAGAACAAAACUGCAAAAUAAGUAAAAUGGAGGAAGAAUCAGAAGCUUUGCAGAAGCUCAUUGGAUUCAAGCAGAGAGAAUGUGAAGAAUUGCAAAAAGAGGCUACUGCGUUUUCUCAAUGGAAAAAUGAAAAUUAUAAUCUUAUAAAUAAACUGAGGUCUGAAAAGGAAGUUAUGCUGACUCGUAUUAAUGGCUUGGAGAGUGCCCUUCAAAGUCAGAAAAUUAAAAAUAAUGAGUAUAGUGAGAAACUUAGAGUGAUGGAAACUGAAAGUGACAGGAAAAGUGCAGAGAUUAGAGAAUUUAAAGACAUGCUGCAAUGUAAAAGUGCAGAAUUAGAAGAACAAAAAAAAGCUUUUGAUGAACUUCAGCAGAAAGCAGAAUGUUCUGUUAAAAAGUACUUUAAAGAGAUAGAAAAUACGUCCUGUAAAAUAUUCCAGCUUGACAACCAAGUUGGUGAACUAAAAGAAAAGUUACAUUUAUCAGCAGGUGAAGGAUUCCAAAGAGAGCAAUAUUACCAUGACCUGCUUGGUGAAUAUGAAAAAAUCUGUGGUCUUGUAAAAGCAAAAGAUACUUCAGAAAUGACAGAAGAUGGAAAAGUUAAUUUACAAAGUGGUCAGGAUAAAACUGUUUUAGGUAAUAUACAGCUUGCUGGAAAUAACUCCAUUGCCGAGGAUCACAGAUGUACAAGAGCACGUCUGCUUGUAGAAGCAGGAAAAACUAAGGAUCUGGCCAUUCUGCAAGAUCAGGUCUCUUCUCUUGAGAUUUCUGUAGUGGCUCAAAAGCAGCUGCAUUCUGAUCAGCAUCAGCAGUAUGAAGACUUGCCACAAAUAAAGGGUGAAACAGAAGGAAGAUUAUUUAAUGUAGAACAGAUGCAUGAAAGCUUUGUGGCAGAAACUAAACAGCACAUUAGUAACUUGGAAGCGGAUAUUUCAGCACGUCAGAAACUAGUUGAAAAAACUUUAGCUAUUCUUGAGGAUAAGGACAUGCAACUGCAAACUCUGAAUGAAAGAGUAGAAAUCCGACAAGCUGAGCUUCAGGAUUUAAAGAACAAUAAUAAAUUGUUUGAGGAUUCAGUAAGACAGUUGAAGCUCCUGUCUGGAACAUGGGAUUCAGAGAAGAACAUGGCUUCAAUGUUUUGCUCAUAUAGCAAAAAAAUUGAGGAACUUACUGAAGAAAAUACAACCCUUAGGGAUUUAAGCAGAACUUUAGAGCAAGAACGAAUAACUUUACUGGAAGCAAAUAAAAAUAUUUCUAAUAGUUUAAAGGAAAGAGAAGAUGUAAUUUCUGAAAUGUCCAGAAAUCUCGCGGAGGAAAGACAACGUGUUGAAUUAAGAACUGAAAAAAAUCAAAAUAGACUUGAAGUUUUUGCAAGCAAAUCUAACCUUGAGAGUAGAAUUGAAGAACUUCAGAUGCUGUGUCAGACAUAUGAGAAGGCCAUUAAGGUGCUGGAAGACCAAUUUGACAUUCAAGAGAAUAUGAAAAAUGAGGAAAUACAAGAGCUGAAGAAAGUUAUACUUUCUGAAAGAAAAGAAAUAGAUCAUCUUAAACAGCAAAAUCUCUCUGACAAGGAAGAAUGGCAGCAGAAACUGAAUAACCUGACUAGGGAGAUGGAGUGCAAACUGGCAGCAGAAAGAAAAACUGCGAAUCUAUCGUUUUUUUUUUUAAGUGCAAGAUUCCAACUCCAAGUCCUUGAUUUAAGUUCUUAUUCAUUGCUGUGCACAGAUAUCGAAAAUAACACUGAAGAAGAAAACAAUUUGCAAUUGCCUAUUGCAAACUCAGCAUUGAAAAGCAAUAAAUCUAAACCAACCCCUGUUGAGAAAAUGUCUGUAGGAGACACCUCUGUGUGUAAAAAUGUAACUGAGACUGCUGAAGCAAGAUUGAUGGAAGAUUAUACUGAGAUUUCUGGAGAACACGAGUGUAGAAAUACAUCAGGAAAACUAACCAGCCCUUCAAACCAUGCCAGUGCAUUGUCAUUUUCCAAUAGUUGUAUGUUUUUGAGGGCAGGGGAUUUCUUUGAAAAUCAAAUAACCACUGAAAUGCUUCAGGAGGAGGCAAAACAACAAACUGCUGAAAAUUUGAAUAUGAUCUGUGAGACAGAAGAAAGCCAUAAACACAUUGAUUUACUAAUGAAAGUCGAGCAAUUAAACUCAGAGGUGAACUUAAAGAAUGCACAUUUAACUCUGAAGAGCCCAUCUUUUGCAGAACUGAAGGAAGCUACUGUAGUUGUUAAGGAAUAAAACUGUGACAUAAAGGAAAAACUGGAUUCAGUCUCUGUCAAUAAGCAGCAAUUAUCUCCUGGAGUAGUGUCAUUAGAAAAAGAACCUGGGAAGGUCAAAUCUGAGCUGGAGAUAUAUAAAGUUAGAUUAUCUAAUGCAGCAGACACAUUGGAUGAUGUAGAAAUGGCCGAGAGAGGUUGUGAUGAACAAUUUCUUGCAGCUGAGAAUGAACAGAGGAGGCCCAAGUCUGAGCAAGUUAAUAUUGAGAACCAUGCCUUGUUCACAGAGAAUGAUCUUGAAAUGCUUCAGGCAAAAUGUCAGCAAUUGGAAAGGGAGAGGGAAGUUAACCCGAAAACUGUUUCUAGCUUUCAAGAGCACCUUUUUUCAGUCACAGCUGAGAGAAACUGUAUUGGCCAAGAACUGAGUGUUUUGUCUGAAAAUAAAAAAGAACUGUAUCAGAAGUAUCAGAAGCUACAAGAGAAAUUAAAAGAGCUAGAGUCAACUACGUUGGAUUCUACAGAAUUCAUAGAAGUGAGGACACAAACAAAUCUGCUCGAAGCUGCAAAAUCUGAUGUAAAUCAAUUAUCAAAUGAAAAAGAUCACCUUCUGCAGAAGUUGCAAAGUUUGGAGAAGGAUGCCAUGUCUUUCACCUUAGAAAAAGAACAACUCCACAACAAAGCAGCAGAUUUGAACAAGGAGAAAGAGCUGCUUGUAAGAGAAUUGGAAAUGAUGCAGAGUAAAUUAAGUUCAUCAGAAACUGAAAAAUUAAACCUUUCUAGAUAUUUGGAAGGCAUGUUAAUGCAAAAAGGUGAACUUGCUGCUAGACUCCGCUCAGCACAGAAAGAAGUAGACCAAAUGCGAUAUGGCAUUGAGAAGCUGAAAGUAAAAAUUGAAUCAGAUGAGAAGAAAAAACGCCAUGUCGCUGAAAAGCUGAAACACAGUGAAUGGAAAGCUGACUCUCUUCUGGAUAAAAUACAGAGGCUUGAAAGAGAAUUGGAGAUGUCGGAGAAAAAUCUAGAAGAUGCAAUUCUUCAUUCGGAGACUGCUAAAGCAGAGGCGGAAACAUUAACAAUGGAGAUGGAAGAGAUGGCUGAAAAGCUGAAAUGUUUUAACUCACAAAUUGAUGUCCUCACCUCACAAAAAGAGUGUUUGGCUAAAGAUUUAAAAGAAAAGCAAGAAAGAAUCCUUGAACUUGAGUCUUCGAAUUUGACUACAGCAAAACUGUUAGAAGAAAAGGAGGAAGAAAAGAUGCAAAUCAAGGAUGAGUUUGAAAAUACUGUGGUAUUGCUGAAAUCUGAGCUCAAAGAUUUACGUGAGAAAUUAGAGUUUUCUUGCAGGAAGGAGGCAGAUGCUAGAGCAAAAGAGCAAGCCUUGAUUAAUCAGGUUGUUCACCUUGAGCAAGAUAAAAAACUACUAUUACAGGAAUGUCAGGAAAUAAAAGAUGAAAAUGUCAAAUUGGAUCAAACAAGGGAGGUACUUGUUCAAGAAUUGAUGGAUUGCAAACAAAAACUCGAUGAAAACAUGCAACAGAAUGGUGCUCUGCAAAAGCAGGUGAAAGAAACAGAGGAGCUGUCUUUACAGCUGACACACAUGGAAUAUGAGCAUGAAUGUUGGCAGCAGGAAAAAAAAAGUCUGCAGAAUUUGAUUGCUGAGUUGAAUCUGAAGGAGCAACAUUUUUCUGAUAAUGAAACCUUUCCGGAUAUUCUGAGUAUUCUAAAAGUGUCUUAUAAAGACCUUGAGAAGGAACUGGAAUUUACACUUUGUGAAAAUAGCACUUUAUAUAAAAGGUAAUACAGAGUAAAUGAACUGACAGAAGGACAUACUGAGCUGCAAGUCCAGCUAAGUGAUACUGAACAGAAGAUUUCCAAAUUACAGGCAGAAUUUACCACAGAAAGAAACAAGCUUGCUGAAGAAAUACAACUUAUUCAGGAACAUUCAGAAAAGAACAAAAUUCAGCUGCAUCUAACUAUGUCAGAAAAAAAUGAACUGACCAAGAGUUUGGAGAUGGUCCAGAAAGAACUACAAGAAAAAGAAAGUGAAAUGAAAAGAGAAAUAUCAGAAUACAAAGACAGACUACUUCAAGCAGAGAAAGACCAUCGGGAUGCUCUGACAGAAGCAAACAGAAAGAUAAAUCAGAAAAUGGGAAGAAUGAAUGAAGUAGAAAUUGAGGCCUGUCAAGAUAAGAUGACUUCGCUGGAGUACUUUAUCAGCUCACAAAAGUUGGAAAUUGAGCAUUUGAAGUCAAAUAAAGAGCUAAACAAUUCCCUUAAAGAAGCUAAUCAAACCUUAGGAGAACUCCUAAAAAGUAAGGCUGAAAAUAUUAACAUUAUAGUUCAGCUGAAGAAGGAAACUGAAUUAGCCGAAAGUAAAGUGCAGCUGUAGAUGAAAUCCUGUAAGCAGAUGGAACAGGAAAAGGAAACGCUGCAGAAACAACUAGCUGAACGUGACGAACUCUUAAAAAAGAAAAAUCGAAGUAUGUCAAAGAGAGAAGGUGCUGAUGAGAAUGCCAUUCCAGAAGAAAUUAGGCUAAAACUGGAAGAAUUACAGGAACCUAUAGAAGUGAAAACUAGAGAAGCAAAUGAGAACUUGGAGAAAUACUGCUCUCUACUUGUUAAAUAUGAUAAACUAGAGGAAGCCAAUGAGAUGCUAGAAAUACAAGUCAGUUUGUUGAGUGCUCAGCUGAAACAGCCAACAAGCAGUGCUGUCAGCUCUCCUUUGCUGAAUUCAGAUAACUCAGUAGCAGUGAGCAAUCAGUCUAUCAAACAGAUGAGGUCAGAUAAAGAUACAACAAAGCUUUCAGGUAAAAGGCAGAGAUGUGAAGACAACAGGAAGGAUAAUGGCGAACCAAAAUCCCCUGUGCCGGAGACUUCAUCCAAAAAAAAGAGGAAGGAUGAUAUCUGUCAAAACCUGCUGGGUCAGAAGAAUACAGAUGAUGAGCCGGAUGGGCUUCCAGAAGUAGUGAAAAAAGGGUUUGCUGAUAUCCCCACUGGAAAGGUUAGCCCUUCUGUUUUACGUAGAACAACCUGGAAUCUAAGAACCAGACCACAUCUGGCUUCCUCAAGCAAGAAAUUGCCUUUGCCUACACAAGAUGUACAAAAAUGCAAACCAGAUAAUCUUGGUGAGUGCUCCUGUUCGACAGCUGGUGGCAGCAAACCACAAAAG